UCAAGGAAUCAACAGCCAUCGAUCCAACAUGGAGAAAACACACACCAAAUCUCCAUUAAAGACGCUCAAAGACAAAUAUUCCAAGCUUCCAGCCAAGGAAAAUACCAAGCCACUAGAAAUCAAACUUCACACUGAACAAAGAGCGGUCAAGCGUGCCAUGUUCAAUUACUCGGUGGCGACCAAGCUAUAUCUCAUGGAGUUACAGAGAAAACAAGUGGAGAAAGUGCAAAAGAUGAUAGACGACGAAGAGAUUCGUUUGCUAAGAAAGGAGAUGGUUCCGAAAGCCCAACUCAUGCCUUACUUCGACAAGCCAUUUUUCCCACAAAGAUCCAAUCGGCCAUUAACGAUCCCGAAAGAACCCAGUUUUCGCACUGUAAACAGCAAAUGUUGGAGUUGCAUCUCGGAGAGUGAGCUCUAUUAUUUUCUGCAUGCUCACGCUUGGAGCCCCAUCAAAUGAACCUAAUUGAUAGCAAACUGCAAUAUGAUUGAUGGCAAACAAUUUCCCCUCAUGGGAAACAAGAUCACUCUUGCAUUCUAACCAGCGAAUGAGUUAAGCUCCAACAAGCUACAUUAAUAAAUAUGAAAAAAAAAAAAAAAAAAAGAUUAUAGAGGCGAAG